UGUUCCUUUGCAUCCAAUGCUACAGAAGAUGUUGAAUAGGGCAGAUAUUUUGGACAAAGCUCUUCCCAUCCAAAAGCAUGUGCAACAUGAGUACAGUUCAUACAGAGAUGGCUCGUACUGUAAUGACAAUGACCUCCUUAAAGGGGAGGAAUUCAAAAUCGCUGUUGGACUUUAUACAGAUGAUUUUGAAGUGUCCAAUCCUUUAGGAACAUCUAGAAAGAAGCACAAAAUGAGUGCAGUUUAUUGGGUGAUCGCUAAUGUGCCAUCAAAAUACAGAUCCACACUCCACUCCAUUCAGCUUGCUGUUUUGUGUAAAGCCUCUCAUGUAAAAGAAUUUGGCUACUCUAAAAUUCUCCACCCUCUAAUUAAUGAUCUGGCUUCUUUGGAGCAACAUGGUGUAUAUGUUGAGAAGUUGGGAGAAUGUGUCAAAGGUACGGUUUUAUAUGUGGCUGCUGAUAACCUGGCUGCUCAUUCUCUGGCAGGAUUCUUCGAAAGCUUUAUGGUGGAAAGAUUCUGCAGGUUCUGUAUGGUGACGAGAGGCGAGAUGCAAGCCAAUGAGAUAACUACAAACCAGAAGAUGCCCUUGAGGGUCAUUCUAACAGAGGCGGAUAUAAGAAAAGUCAUCCUAACCACAAGGCCCUCUACAGUCGAAGAUUUGAUAAGCAAGCUUAAAGAAUCACUGGAACUUCAUUAUAACUUCAGUCUCCAAUACCAAGACCCUGAAUUCAAUAAUGAACUAUGCAAUCUGACACAUAUUGAAGAACUUCCAGAAAAACCAACAGUUAAAAUCAUGCCUGUCCUUGAGCUGGUACUUGUCUCAUCUGAUGAAGUUUUCAGUGACACACCCAGUACAGCAGAUACAGACAUACUCUCACAAUCAUCUCUGGAGCGACAGAAACAGUGGCCAGAAUCUUUUGAUAUCCCAAACUUUUCUGUGGAUGUAGAGUACAGACUAAGGCAAGCAGAUCUGCUGUUUAUGAGUGAGGGUACAUACCUUAAAGUAUCAAAAGAACUAAAACAUGAUAUACUUGAAAGAUUGGCAGAGAUGAUGUAUAGCUACACAGCAUACCCAACUGCUGCUCAGUUCGAAAGUGUUGCAGCAGCACUGAUAAACAAGCACCCUUGUCUCCAGGAGCCAGGCUCAACCACUCGCUGUUGUGGUUGGAAAAAUAGCCUUAAGCAUAAAAUGGGUAAUUACAGAACCAAGCGUAGGCAAUCGGGAUGCCUUGAUGUUGCAGUAAAUGCAGGUAAGCGGGGAAGGCAUUCAGCAGGACAACCAGGUAACAAGCGCAUCAAGAAGGCAAACAAAGGUGAACUCAAUUACUUGCCCAACCUUCCGGAUGGAUUUAAUCAGGCAGCCCUGGAGGGGGCCUGUCAAGUCUUGGUUGAUGAAAUGCAAAAGAGAACACCAAAUGGACCUCUUGUGAAACAGAAGAUGGAUCAGACAUUCGCUCUGAGAAGAAAAGAGGUAGUGGAGUCGGAACCCACCAUAAGCACGAUGGUGAAACGCUGGCCUGCCCUUUUCACUGAAGAUCAAGUGUUCAUGGAGUUCAGCAGGAUUGUGGGCAAGAACCUCAAGCAGGAAUUUUAUGAGAGCAUCGAUCGGCACAGUCCUCGUCUCCUUGAGUUAUUUCGAUCCAAGAGAGGGAAUGUUGGACAGUUGUUACAACAGAUUUCACAACAGACCAAUACUACAGAGCCAACUGCGAUCCGGACACAGGUGCUCAGAGGGCUUCCUAUCAUCCUUGGGGACAACCCCACAAACUUCUUCAAAGCAGGCUUUGAAUCAGAUGAUGAUGAUUCUUUUCGUGACCUCGACGUUGGGAUACUUCUUAUUGAGCGUGAAGGUGCUGUGCUCACAUCUUCCCAGCAUCUCAGUCCAGCCUCGCUGAAAAUCAUCAUUGAGGGAGAAGUCGUGAUGGACAACAUUCCAGAUCUGCCAAAAGCAAUGUGCAUUCUGUUUGGACUCACGUAUGCACUCCAUCUUAACUACCCCAAGACAAUGAAGCUCACAUUUCAGUUCAUCCAACAGGUAUUGCUCUUGUUAGGCCACACUGACCUAAAGCCAAAGCUACAGAGUUUGAAAAAUCAGCUCGCAAUGUAAAGAGAUGUCAAGUCUACUGUAAUAAGCUGUUGACUUUUUUUUUUACUUUCUUACCUGUGGUGUAAAUCUUUUUAUUUUCUGUAAAACAAGCGGACCAACAGACACGCGUAAAACGCAGACACACACACAAACAACAGACACAUUCAGUACCCACACACAAUACACAUACAACACAGACACGUACAAAACCCACAAACAACACUGACACACCUACACACACUUGAAAGCUGAAGGAAGCAUGCUGAAGGAUGUGACUUGUGUGAUAAUUAAAACUGAGAGGAGUUGUAGUAGAAAGACAUAAGACAUUGUUGUUUAAGUUCUUCACGUUUAUGUAGAUGGAAUUAGUUAUUGUUCUGAUAUGUUGUUGGUUCAUGUUAUGUCUGUUGGUUCAUGCUCUGUUCUCCCUUCAUUUAGGCAGAUGAAACAUCCUGUUUGUUUGCGUUUUUUGUACAUUUGAGUGGGUGUUUCUUGUCAAUUUUGUUUUGUUUAUGGAUUUACCACUUCAAUCUCAGGGGACAUCAAUGUUUUUUUCUUGUAAAUUUGUGACACAUUCAACACACACAGACAACACACACACACACAACACACAUGGACAACACACACGGACAACACCCACACACACAGCAAAACACAG